AUGCCCCUUUUGCUUCAAACCUUCAACAAGUUCUGUUCCAAGCUCGACAAUCGCCACCCUAACCGCCAUGGUUCUAAAUUAGCUUCCUUCUCUCUUUCUCGUCUUCACGCAUUCGAGGACGACGUGUCGGCUUGCUUGAAUCAUCUCUUACUCUCGACUUCCGCUUCAAAACCGUUGUCGUUUCAUUACCUUCUUCAGCUUCUUCAGGGUCUUCUUCCGACUAUCCAUCAGUCGUUUGCGAAAUUGGUUGUUGACUUGGAGUACCCUGUUGGAAGAUGGAGAGCCGAUUUGGUUGAUGGGUAUUUAAAUUAUAGUCUUAAUUUGCUUGAUCUUCUCAACUCCAUCAGUUUUUCUUUAACCCAAUUGGGGAAUUCUCGGGUUUCGCUUUCUUAUGCUCUGAGCCUAAUUCAGAGCUCCCCUGCAAUGGCGGUUUCCCGUCUGAAACCGAUUGCUCUAAAGAGGUAUUCCGAAGGAUUGGAGAUUAGAGGAAAUGUGAAAGAUCUGAAGAAGGGUUGCUCCGGCGAGGAGAGAGCGAUCGAGAAAGCUUUGGCAACAAUGGAGGGAAUUGGGUAUUGGAUAUGUGGUAUUGUGCUUUCUGGUUGUGAAGGAGAUGCAACGGCGUAUUUGGAGAUGAGAAGAUUAGCCUCCGGUGUGACGGUUCCGGCGUUUAAGGCGUUGGAUUCGGUGAUCUCGGCGGUGGUUGCCGGGAAGGGGAGUGUGCCGGAGGAGGUUGAGGAGGUGAACGUUGCGGUAGAGAUGAUCAUCGGCGGUAGCGGCGAGGCGGUGGAGGAGAUGAGGAAGAGAAUGGGGAGAUUGGAGAAGACGGUGGAGGGAAUGGGGAAGGAAGUGGAUGGAAGAUUCUCGGAGGUUCUGGACGGAAGAACUCGAAUGCUUGAUGUUUUCAGACACUCUUAA